CUUCCAAACAGAAUGUUGGGCUCUGGGAAGGCGGCAGUUGGGACAGGUGAGCCAGAGAAGCUCAGUGAUGUGCUUUGUAUGUUGCCAAAUCUGGCAGCAACCUGUGGACUGCUUGUAUAAGUGCAACAGAUGUCGAGUAAAAGGCCUCAGCCUCGGUUGGUGCCUUUGCGCACAAAAACAAAGAAAGAUCCCAACGUGAAGAAAGGCCACAAAAUGGGUCUGGGUGCCUUUGCUGUGAUUCCUCCAAAUCCAGUAAGGAGGAAUCAGUUACAGAAAAUUGCUACCAAAGAGUUGGAAGACCUGGAGAAAUGGAAGGAACGGCACAGGCCGGGGCUAAUUACCUUGACACCCCAGAAACUGGGUGGAAGAAUAUCGGAGGCCGAAGUGAGGCAGAAACAGCAACUUGAGCACAUCCAAUCUAAAUACCAGCAAAAGCUGAAGAAAGAAGAAUAUGAAAGACGCAAAAGAGAAGCUGAAGAAGCUGACAUUUUAAAAAUGAAAAUGAUCCAGAGAGAGAAAGCCAACAAGCUUGAAGAAAAACAAAGGCAACAAGAAUGGCAAAGACAUUGGAUGUUUGCUGAAGACCACUGCUUAAAAAACACUGAAUUGUUGCACAGAUUGGAUGUAAGUCCAUUCAACAGAACACCUUGUCCAACGAACCACCAUAAUCUCCAGCCUACAUCCUGGACCAGGAGCCAGUCAUACAAGAAAAUGCAAAGAGAAGAAGAAAACAGGAAACUUCAGCAGAUGAAGGAAGAGCAGCGAAGAAAGGCUGAAUUGUUGGAGCUUAAGAAAAGGGAAGAGGAGAGAAUAAGAAUGAAAGCACAACAGAAUGAGCAGAGGAGGGUGAAUAAUGACUUUCUGGACAGACUACAAAACAAUAGUCAGCCAGGUGGCGUGUACCAAUCUGGAUGUCUUGGGAAUAUGCCUUUUAUUGCUGACAGCUGGCCUGAACAUUUCCAGUAAAAAUUGAUCUACAGAACCCAAACUACAGAAGGAUUCCAGGCAUAUUAUCUUGGAGAAAUUAUCUUGGAAAAAGCUUCAGGGAUCUAUUCUUCCUCUGCCUGCACAUCUUUCAUCACUUUUUUUUUAGCCUUGCUGGUUUGACCUGCUGUCUUUCCUCUCCAGCUUAUGAGUAUUUCAAGCUAUUGAUUAUGGUGCUGCUAUUAAAUCUCAAAGAAAUUGUUUCUCUCACAGCUUGUCUUGCUUGUUGUGGCAGUUUCUCAUCUCUCAUAAGUUUUAUGUCCAUUUACUCUUGACUAGCACACCAUCUGAGCUGCAGAAACCUGGCAGUUCCAACAUGUGUGUACAUGCUCAUUUUUAAUGUCACUGAGAGAAAAAGUAUUUUUUAUAUUGUGUGUUGUAACUGGUUUUAAUUUGAAACUCCUCUAAUGUGCAAAAACAUAAUAAAAUAUUACAUAAAUAAA